CCAUGUUUCAAAUCGUCCUUGGUAAAGAAUCUAUGCAUAAAACUGUGUUUAGCAAACGUCGUUUGAGUUACAAUUACAGGCUUAUUAAAGCACUCUUCUUUUGUGACCGCCGUAUCUAGCAAAGCACGUGAACGCUUUGUCACGCCAUACAACCUGACGCUAAUCCUAAUCUCGAUUUACGCUCUCUACCAGUUCUCAAGAAUUCGUUUCGAUUAAUAGUAACCAUUCCUACUAGUAAGACGCUUACCAUUUUUUCCGCAAAAAAACAAUGUUUACAAAUAUUGUCAAAUGCACGCGUUGUGUGAUUUUGUCAACUGCCACUUGCUUCUAACUAAAAAAAUAGAGACAUAAAGAAGUUGCUGGCAUGAUAAACCCAGUUUGUGGUAUAGGGAAAUUAUCGAGUAUUAUAUUGUGUCCCAAGAAAUAACGGGUGCAUGCUACGACGUUCAGACAAAAACUGUUUUGAUGGGUACCGCCGUCCGGCUUUCGAGAUACUUAUAUUUUCGCAACAACUAAGCACUGUCCACAGGGUGGUCGCAACACCGGCCUGCUUUACGUUAUACGUGACGACUUGUUGAUCUGUGCAAAACGACCGGAAGACCCUUGACGUUUUGCUCUCUGAGAAUCACUUAAAAUGGAUUGUAUGAAAGUACCUUUGCGCUUCCAGGCCUAUCUAAAAAGAAUUGAGUACCAUGGUUCGACCCCUUGGGUUUACCCAGCAGAAAGCCAGCCUGCGCCAGGUCAGUCGAAUGUCCAAAGCAUCUCUGUGGAAACGGAAAACGGAGCAAGCACAACAAGAAGCCCAUAUCACAUGACCAGGACACCAAUACGUGAGAGAAUUAGCGGCGCCACAGACAGAAGCUCGUCGACAGCGCCCGGAACUAAAGAUCAAGGCAUCCAAGGAUUGAGGCAGACCUUGCUGGAAGAACUCCUCGAAGACUGUACCAACACGUUCAAGAACAACGCGAAACGUCAAGCCAACAUUGGAACCACACGACUCAAACCGUCAAUGGACGGUAACGAGGAUACCAUAUCACUGAGUCAACCUAAAAAAACUCCUAUAUGCACUAACAUAGGAAUCCUUGACGACCUAUCAAUCCGUCUGCCUGAUUACGGUAUGUUUGUCCCUUCGAUUGCUCUAUCUGCCUGCGUCGGCCUGUCAGGGGACGAGCUGUUGCAACAGGUGAUCAAAAGUGGGCUGAAAGUGCGUGGUGUAAGGCUUUUACAUAGUGGAGAGCCCGACUACAGACUAGUUAAACUGAGGCUAGUGCUACACGGAUUAAUCGUUCAUAAAAGCCAGGAAAAUAUAACUAUGGUGCCUGUGAGGUCGUGUACAAUGCUACUGUCGAUCGGCCAACAUUGCGAGCAGAGUAGCAGGUUUGAACAAAAAAUUGAUCAAAUCACCCGGCGUUAUCAGGAACGUAUUUCCACAAACGUUAUCGACAGAGUUAAUUGCUAAAAUUAGCUGAACUCGCAAAUCAUGCAACAGCAGCACUAUCCUUCACUGUUCAAGGACGACGAUUAUAGUUUCAUCAUAAAAGAGAAUAGGCGACAAAAUGACCUCUUUCUAUACUAAAAAUAACAGCUACCCGGAUGUCAUAUGAAACUUGGGCUGACUCCGGCAGUCGCUCUCUUUUAUCGUGCGGUGUACCUAAAAUAUGGACGAAUUAACAAUAACAUCUAGUCUGUAAAGAUGAAGAAUACAAUAGAUAAGACAGAAGAGCCACUCUAAAAGCUUCAGCUAGCUUUUUUGCUCCAGCUAGUGUAAUCAUCAUUUUCG